CAUCAAGAGAUAUCCUCCCAGCCAUCCUCCUGCGCUGUAAAUGGUGACUGCACAGAUGGAACCUGUUUGGCGUAUUUCAUAAACUGGUGUGAUGUAGCCAGAACCCUGCUUCGAGCUUUCUUUCGUUCCUCGAUUUCCGAUUCCCAGCUCUGUCGCCGCAAUCAUGCCUCCAGGUUUCGCAAAAAAGGCAGCUGCGGACCCAAAUGACGAUGACUACGUUGCGCAAGUACUCUCAAUGGAGGCGAGGAGCAGCUCCUUGAAGUACUCUUCCCUUGGGAUGGAAGCAUAUGUGCCGAAAAGGCCUACAGGCGCGGCCCCUAAACCCAACACCCGGUUUCUUCGCCAUAUCAUCAAAGAGACCGAUAAUCAUAAUGCUGCGUUGAAGAAGAAGGAGGAAAGGGAGGCCAGAGAGCGAAUGCGACAGCUUCGAAACCCGCCUUCUUCCUCCCACAGGAGCAGUAAAGAUCAUCGUUCUCGCCAAUCCAACACAUCCGACAGCCGAGAUUCACGGCGAGAAAGAAGGGAUGAUCGUGAUGACAGACAUCGUUCUCAUCGACGAAGGCCAAGGAGCCGUUCACCUUCUACAGAGAGGGAACGAUCAUGCACCUCUCGACGAAGACAUGACUCGCGUGACCGUGACGACGACCAGCACAGACGAUCUAGGAAAAGUCAUCGGCGCCGGUCUUACUCCAGAUCGCGGAGUCGAUCUCCACAGAAUGAAAAGGGCAAAAAUUCUCGUCGCCACCGCCAACACCGAAGGCGUUCCAGCUCACCACGAUCUCGCUCCCGGUCCCCUGAAAAGCGAAAGAGCAGAGAUAUACGAAAGCUAUCACCACCACCAUCUACAUCGGCCUUUCGCAACGAGGAAUCAGGGGACGAGUCUGACCCUCUGGAAGAUUUGGUUGGGCCUCUUCCGGCCAAGGAAGCGCCUGUCCGCUCCCGUGGCCGGGGCGCAUACAAACCCAACUCCAGCAACAUCGACGCUCAUUUUGCCGCCGACUACGACCCCACUCUUGAUGUACAACCAGAGGAUGACGAUAUACAGUCAGGUAGCAGGCUAACUCGCCGCGCUGUUGCAGGACUCAUGACGGGAGACGAUGAUUGGGAGGUUGCCCUAGAAGCUCUACGGGAUCGCACACGCUGGAAACAAAAAGGAGAGGAAAGGCUACGAGAAGCGGGCUUCAACAACGAUAUCGUUGAGCGAUGGAAGAACAGCUCCUCCGCGGCGCCAGCCGGAGACUCUGAAGGGAGCUUAGAAAACGUCAAGUGGUCUAAAAAAGGUGAAGGCCGUGAGUGGGAUCGCGGGAAGUUCAUUGAUGACGACGGACAUAUUGACGUCAAGGCUAGCUGGUAGGAGUGCUUUUUCGGAGUAGAAUAUUCAUCCAUGUACAAAUAGCAUACCUUGUAUUGCAUAGUUUUUUGCUGACCCUAGUCUUCCGACGGGCACUACGUACUAUAUAUAUUUUCUGGUUUCCGUGUAAACACACGCAGUAUCGGAACAACAAAAAGUCACUAUUAUUC